AUGGUCAAGAAGCGAGCAUCCAACGGUCGCAACAAGAAGGGCCGCGGCCACGUUAAGCCCAUCCGCUGCUCCAACUGCUCGCGAUGCACUCCCAAGGACAAGGCAAUCAAGAGAUUCACCAUCAGGAACAUGGUCGAGUCUGCCGCCAUCCGUGAUAUCUCUGAUGCGUCCGUCUUCCCCGAGUACACCGUCCCCAAGAUGUACUUGAAGCUCCAGUACUGCGUCUCUUGCGCCAUCCACGGAAAGAUCGUCCGUGUCCGCUCUCGGGAGGGUCGCCGUAACCGUGCCCCACCACCAAGGGUCAGGUACAACAAGGACGGAAAGAAAGUCGUUCCCAACCAGGCCGCCGGCAAGACCUCGUAAAGGAAAAAUCGACAGUGGGGGGUGUUGAUGAAAGUCAUGGCGCUUGGUAUUGGGUCUUAUGUGUCCUUUCGGAAUCUCAUACUGGAAAAUGUGCAUGAAUCCAAGGGAGUUCAAGACGAUGUGACGAUUCAUGGUUGCAGAAGCUUGCUUCCAGAUGCGGUGAAAAACCAGCGGCUAGCUAUGAGUUUGUAAAAACGAAUACCAAUUCGGUCUGCAUCAAGUAAAUGCUCGAGCCAGCAGUGACGCCAUGUGUGAAUAUUUCGAACAUCCUCACAAUCGAUGGCGUUGAACCAUUAUGAGAAAGUAGUAGAUCGUUUUAUUUGCUUCAUGUAUAAGACCGUUGAAGUCAUCUCACAUCCUC